UGUGUUUAAUCCCCCUCCUCUGGGCGCCAGCGUAUAAAAGGGCAGGGCACGCUCCGAGCCACACACACUCUCUGAGUGAGGCAGAUCACACACACACACAGUCAUCAUGUCCAGUGAUAAGUCCAAGGCUGCUUCCCAGACCGACGGGAAGGCUACCCAGAGCAAGAAGUCUGAGAUGGGCAUGAUGUCCUACAAGAUGUUUGUGUUCGACCAGGAGAACUUCCAGGGUCGCAUGGUUGAGAUCAGCAACGAGUGCAUGAACGUGUGUGAGAUGGGCAUGGACCGCGUCCGCUCCCUCCGCGUUGAGUGUGGACCCUUCGUGGGCUUCGAGCAGAUGAACUUCUGUGGUGAGCACUACAUCCUGGAGAAGGGAGAGUACCCCCGUUGGGACUCUUGGAGCAACUGCCAGAAGAACGACUACCUGCUGUCCUUCAGGCCCGUCCGCAUGGACCCAGAGAAGCACAAGAUCUGCCUGUUCGAGGUUGGAGAGUUCAAGGGUCGUAAGAUGGAGAUCAUGGAUGAUGACGUUCCCUCUCUGUUCUCCUAUGGCUUCACCGACAGGGUCGGCAGCAUCAUGGUCAGCUGCGGAACCUGGGUGGGCUACCAGUUCCCCGGAUACCGUGGCUCCCAGUACCUGCUGGAGAAGGGCGACUUCAAACACUUCAACGAGUUCGGCGCCCGCCACCCCCAGUUCCAGUCCGUGAGGCGUAUCCGCGACAUGCAGUGGCACCAGCAGGGAUGCUACACCAUGGCCAGCAAGUGAGGCUCAGGGAAGGAGAGAAAGAGAAAGAGCGGAAGAGAGGGAGAGGGGCGGAGGAAGAGAGAGAGGGGGAGAGAUGUCUGAGGCCUUGCCGAACCCCUGGCUGAAGCUAACCAUCUGAAACAGCAAGGGAGAGGGGUGACGUUAAAUAUCUCCCACUCUGUGAAACCUCAAUGGAAGGACCACCUGGCUAGAGAACAUUCUCGGCUCAGGGUAUGAUGCACCAUGGUAAAAGGAGCUUCUAUCUCCUCCCCCCACUUCCUAACCCUGUGUAUCACACACCCUCUCUGCUGUGCAGAAUCCUGGCCAACUUUUCAAUAAAAAGGAAAAUCUUGAUUUCAAAA